GGGGGGCUAGCUUCCUCAGCAUAUUCCGGGUUUCGCUGGAUGAGAAGUUUCCUGUGUUGGUCGCUAGUGAGACUCGCUGCAGAAGCAGAUAAACAAUAUGAACUGACACGGUGAAACCGUUAACUUUAGGAAAAUCAAGUACAUGUCCUCUUUCUAGUUGCAGUAGUCCGACAACGCCAUAGCUAUGGCGCGAGACUGCACUACACGAAGUUUGGACAAUAUUGACCUCUCUGCUUUGAGGGAUCCUGCUGGGAUAUUUGAGCUGGUAGAAGUGGUUGGAAAUGGAACAUAUGGGCAAGUCUACAAGGGUCGACAUGUGAAGACAGGACAGCUGGCUGCUAUCAAGGUCAUGGACGUGACAGAGGAAGAAGAAGAGGAAAUCAAAUUAGAGAUUAAUAUGUUGAAGACAUAUUCUCAUCAUAGGAAUAUAGCUACAUACUAUGGUGCCUUUGUGAAGAAGAGUCGUGCAGGUCAGGAUGACCAGCUCUGGCUGGUGAUGGAGUACUGUGGGGCGGGCUCAGUCACUGACCUAGUGAAGAAGACUAAAGGGAACAGCCUAAAGGAGGACUGGAUCGCCUACAUCUGCAGGGAGGUCCUCCGAGGCCUGUCUCACCUCCACUCACACCACGUCAUUCACCGUGACAUCAAAGGCCAGAACGUGUUGCUAACUGAGAAUGCGGAGGUCAAGCUGGUUGACUUUGGGGUGAGUGCUCAGCUGGACAGGACGAUAGGGAGGAGGAACACCUUUAUUGGGACUCCGUACUGGAUGGCCCCUGAGGUCAUUGCCUGUGACGAGAACCCAGACUCAACCUACGACUACAGGAGUGACCUGUGGUCUCUGGGAAUCACAGCUCUGGAGAUGGCUGAAGGAGCACCACCCUUGUGUGACAUGCAUCCCAUGAGAGCCCUGUUCCUCAUUCCUCGCAACCUGCCCCCCAAACUCAAAUCAAAGAAAUGGUCCAAGAAGUUAAUGACCUUUGUGGAGAGCUGUCUGGUGAAGAACUACCUCCAUCGUCCCACUACAGAAACCCUCCUAAGGCACUCGUUCAUCAAAGACCUGCCCAACGAACGGCAGGUCCGCAUCAUGCUCAAAGACCACCUGGACAGAACCAGGAAAAAGAGAGAUAAAGAGAGCCCAGAGUAUGAAUACAGCGGCAGUGAGGAUGAGGAGGAGGAGAUUAACGAAGAGGAAGGUGAACCCAGCUCCAUAGUGAACCUGCCGGGGGAGUCCACUCUGAGAAGAGAGUUCCUGCGUCUGCAGCAGGAGAACAAGAACUGGUCAGAAGCCCAGCGACAGCAGCAGGUCCUGCAGCAGCAGCUCCGGGAACAGGAGAGUUACAAACAGCAGCUGCUGGCCGAGAGGCAGAAGAGGAUCCACCAGCAGAAGGAGCAGCGCAGGAGGCUGGAGGACCAACAGAGGAAGCAGCUGCAGGAUUCUGGGUUCCAAUGGCCAGAACUACAGGAGAUGCUAUGGAGGGAGGAGACUGAAGCUAAUGACAGAGGUCUAUUGGAUGAAAGGAACAAGAGAAGUGACAAGAGACGGGUGGAGGAUCGUGGCAGACAGCGGGUUGAUGUCGGAGGAAGGCCUGCAGGUCCUGUAGCUGAACAGAGGAGGACCGAGCCUCCACCUCCACAGCCUCAUCCUCAGCAGCAGCCCCAGCAGCAGCAGAGUAAAAAGUUCCACCGCACGCUGCCCAAAGACCAGACGCAGCUGCUUUCACUUCAGCACGACCACAGGCACAAAAAGAGGGAGCCCCACAAGGCUGCUAGCGCCACGCAUAACUGCCCCGCAAAUAGCCAGCGCAAAGUGAUGGAGAUGGACAGGGUGAAGGUUUCUGACAGCUGUCAGGCCAACCUGAACAGAGUGCUGACUGGGAUGCCCCUCCCCCUGCGUGUCCAUACCAGACUGAGCUCUGGGAGCAGCUCCAGCCCCUGUACCCCUGCCACGCAGAGGGCUGCCAUACAACAGAAUGCCAAUCUUGGCUCCAGUCGAGACACCCUUCACAGCAGCUCUAUGUCUGACAUGGCCACCACUCCCAUGUCUCCUACGUUUGAUGAUGCCUUCUGGGACUUCCCAAGCUCUGUGGAGCACCCACCAAAGGUUCCGGAGCGUACAACAUCCAAAUCAUAUUGCAAAGAGCUGAUGAAUCAUCACCGGACAGGGUUGAGUGGGGCCCCUCAGUCUCCUGCGGAGAAGGGUGGGAAGUCCAUGUCCUCUCAUGGCAGCUCCAGUAGCAGCUCCCAGUCAGGUUACUUCAAGCUGGAGAGCCCUCUGCUGCAGAGCCGUCUUCAGCAGUACAAGAAGUCCAAAGAGAAUUCUCCUGGAGCCCUUCUUCAGCAACAUGGUUUCGGCCACUUCUCUGGGCUUACGUCUAAUCUCAGUCCGUUUGUCAAGGCAACAGAGUACUCCUCUUCUAGCGAUGAAGUUGGGAGUAGUGAUGAUGAUGAGAAAACCCGGUCUCCGUUGAAUGGGAAAGGAAUGUUCUUCCGUGGAGCCCCUGAUGGGAUUGUCCUGCAGCCCCACCAUAAUCUUAACCAGACCCCGCAGAGCAGUGUGGCAUCAGGCCUUAAGAGUGGCCAGCCACUACACAGGCUCAUUGCUAUAGGAUCAGAAUGCAAUGAGAAUUACCUUCUCCCUGAUCUCCUGCAGAAGAGCCUGGCCCAUGAGCCCAUGGCGCAGCACGGCCCACAUGACGUCAUCUACCCCCAGUCUCCGAACAGACGAGGACCACAUUCUGACAAACCUGUAAACUGUCCUCCAGGGAAAAGCAUCUCGUCCUCCUCCUUCACUCCCUUCAUAGACCCCAGGCUGCUGCAGAUCUCUCCCCCUCAGAGCCCAGUGGGCCACAGUCCCACCAGUGGCAGGCCACCUGCUAAUCAGGACCCAAUCAGGAGAGAGGGCCACAGAAAGGGCUCCGUGGUCAAUGUGAACCCCACCAACAUCAGACCCCAGAGUGAUACCCCCGAGAUCCGCAAGUACAAGAAGAAGUUCAACACCGAGAUCCUCUGUGCUGGCCUGUGGGGUGUGAACCUGCUGGUGGGGACAGAGAAUGGUCUGUGGCUGCUGGACAGGAGCGGUCAGGGGAAGGUCUACUCUCUGAUCAGCAGGAGACGCUUCCAACAGAUGGACGUUCUGGAGGGCCUCAACGUGCUCAUCACCAUCUCAGGUAAAAAGAACAAGCUGAGGUUGUACUACCUGUCUUGGCUGCGGAACAAGAUCCUUCGGAAUGACCCAGAGGUGGAGAAGAGGCAGGGCUGGACCUCUGUAGGGGACCUGGAAGGAUGUGUGCACUACAAAGUCGUUCGAUAUGAGAAGAUUAAGUUCCUGGUGAUUGCCUUGAAGAAUGCUGUGGAGGUGUACGCAUGGGCUCCCAAACCUUACCAUAAGUUUAUGGCUUUCAAGUCGUUCGGCUCGCUCCCCCAGAGGCCUCUGUCCGUGGACCUGACCGUGGAGGAUGGACAGAGACUUAAGGUCAUCUACGGCUCCCUGUCGGGCUUCCACGCCAUCGACGUUGACUCGGGGACGCCCUAUGACCUCUACCUGCCCACGCAUAUCCAAGGUGUGAUCCGGCCUCAUGCCAUCAUCAUCCUACCCAACAGCAGUGGCAUGGAGGUGCUGGUGUGUUAUGAGGACGAGGGGGUUUACAUAGACACCUACGGACGCAUCACCAAGGAGACAGUGCUGCAGUGGGGAGAGAUGCCUGCAUCUGUUGCCUACCUGCAGUCCAACCAGGUGAUGGGCUGGGGAGACAAAGCCAUCGAGCUGAGGUCAGCUAACACAGGCAACCUGGAGGGAGUCUUCAUGCACAAGAAGGCCCAGAAACUCAAGUUUCUUUGUGAGAGGAAUGACAAGGUGUUCUUUGCCACGGUGCAGUCUGGGGGCUGCAGCCAGAUCUACUUCAUGACACUGGGCCAAAACUCCCUGUUCAACUGUAGUGUUUAGGAAGAAGAAAUCAAAGGAAGAAGAAAAGGAUCAUUAUGUUGGCCUUGUGCUGUGUAGAGUCUUUUUGGACGUAAGUGGCUGUACAUAUUAUUUGCACUGUUUUAUAUAUAUUUUAUAUCCACUGGUCAUCGCUACAGUUGAAUGGGGUUUCAAAUUAUCUAGCCCUUUGCACUACGACCACUUUGGUAAAUGUUCGCUCUACAAUGCUUUAUUGUCACAGUCUUAUACAUUUGAAGUAAUUUAUUUUCAACAUUAAAUGGUAAAUGUUCGAUAUACAAUGCUUUAUUGUCACAGUGUAAUACAUUUGAAGUCCUUUAUUUUCAACAUUAAACAGAGAUUGCAUUUGAUUUAGAUAAAGUUAAAUCGUCUAUUUGAUAUGCCAUGAUCUAAAAAAUGAUGUGAAAACAGCGAUAGGCUUUCAACUCUUAAGAUUGUCAAACAUAUGUGAACCACCACAUGGACUCGGUCCUAUGUAGCCAAAUUUGAAAUUGUUUUUUACAUUGGAUAAAAGUAGAAACUCAGAGCUAUAAAAUGAUAUAUAAUACACUGCAGUUGAGGAACAAUGGGAAAGUCAUUUUGCUUUGAAUUGUAACCCCACUUUUGAGAAAAUGACCCUUGAUAUUUUUGGUGUACCGACUGGAGAGCUCUUCUUUGUCUACACCCAUUCAGCAUCGUUCACACCCUGUUAAGCCCUGUUAGCCCCGCCCAUUUCUUUAACGAUUCACUUGUGAGUCCAUGUGCACAGCAGAGUGUGUAGUUUAGUAAACAACCAAAGAUUUCAAGACUAAAAGUGGUAAAAGUAGAAGCCUACAUGGUGCAGGUCAUGUUCUUCUUCACAUUACUGUCUCUGGUAAACACACACUAUAUCUAAUAAAAUCUCAGUUUAUGUGUCACAUGAACAGGAUACAGAAGGUGUAAACAGCACAGUGAAAUGGUUACUUGCAUAUUUGCACAGUAGCAAUAUCAAAAACAAUGUGUCCAGAUAAUUGUUAGAGGAUGCUUACCCAGACACACUUGUUUAAAUUGAUGGGUCAGGUGAAAGAAAUGCUAUAACCACCCCCCAGCCACAUCUAGAUAAGUGGAUGAGUCACUAUUGUCUAGACAUGUACACAUGUUCAUGAAAUACAAAAGAUGGCCAUAAUCACCCCCAUACCUGUCUAACUUGAUGGGUCUUGUAAUCAUCUGGCAAAGUGGAGUCUUUUGUUUAGACAUGUAGCUAGCUAGCUAGCUAAACAAUGAACCGGAUUAAUCUCAACUCAUACUACUACCAAUACAAACUGAUUGUUAUAGCUGUAGUAUGAAUAUGCAGGUAUUUAAAGCUAACCAACUAGGUUCAAUGUUAGCUAGCUAGCUAACAUUGGGCUAUAACUAGCAACGCAAAUGGCUUUCUGAUUCGAAAAAUAUUACUACACAGAUAGGUUCAAUGUUCGCUAGCUAGCUAACAGUACACUUUAACUUGCAAAAAAAACAAACUUUCUGACAAAAUUAGAAACGUAUAAUAUCUGAAAAUGUAGCUAGACUCUUACCCGUAUAUAUGGAUGAACGCUUCACGGCAGACUGGAACCAUUUAACUUACUUUUGUAGCUACAGUACAUCUUGUUUGGCCAGCAUUGUGUAAAGUCACUCCGGUUCACACUGACCGUGGCGUGUGCAGAAAAUAGCCCAUCAUAAUGUUUUCCAACUGAUCGGUCCAUAGCGCCUGCUAAAUUCAGGGCAUCAAUUUUGUUGAGAAAAGUAGCAAAACUUUUGUAGUUCUCGAUGGCUAACGUUAUAUCUUUCAAAAAAUCUGCAGUAGAAAAGAUUAUCAACACAUACUGAGCAGCUCACAUUAUAGACAGAAGCAUCCUACAUGGCAGACCAAUCCAAACUCAUCUCCCGGCAUCUCCAGCCCAUCCAUUAUCUCAGCAAAUCAUGGCUAACAGGAAUGUUCCUGUCUUUUUCCAGGGCUAAACCAACUAGGCUGAUAAUUUAACAAUUUUAUUCGUAUUUACAGAUGGAAUACCAGUUUGUUAUUCAGGCACAUGAAAGUUUACAUGUUCCAGAAGGCAUUUAUGUUAAAAAAAAAAGUAAAAAAAAAAAAAAGGAAGCAUUUUGAUUAAAAAAAUGAAUUCAUUGAAAUGCCUCUCCUGUGAAGUAGUGACAUGCAACAUACGCCUAGCUUCCUGAAAUGGGUCACAUAUACUCUUUUGUAGAAAAUGUUUGGUUAAUGAACAUUGAAAUGUGCCACAAUUGUGAAAUGUUAACUCAAAUCAAUUGCAUUUGAAUCCAGUUGUUAUUUGCUUUUCCUUCCCCCAAUAUGCUAAAUGUUUUGCCAUCAUUAGAGAUCUAGUUUGGGCAGUUAUUUUAUGUUUAUGAUAUAAAUACUGCAGCUGGUUCUGUGAGCAUAUUGUCAACUGAAAAUGAACUUUUUCAAGACACAAUUUGAUAUGAUGUUGUAUUCUUCUGUGAGAAUUCACUCUUGAAGUGUAUUCAACUGACAAUAUAUUUAGGUUAGAAGGGAAUAGCCAAUAAGGUAAUCAGUUUCACAUAGCAUUUUCAAGUAUAUUUACCCUAUAAUGAUUAGGUUUCCAAGAACUGAUGCUUUCACUAUCAUUGGUCUAAUCAUUGGUCUAAGUAUUUUAGAAAAUAGUAUGAGCACUCAGUUGAUAUCUCAUUCAUUUGACAUGUAUGAUGGAAAUUGUAUCAUUUGUCAGAUUUUGAAUAAGGGAUUCAAUGGGUAGAGUUAAACACAUUUUUGUAAUUAACUUCAACUUUUUUUAAAUGCCCAAAUAGAACUUGUGACAGUGAGUCAAUAUGAUUACAUCUCCAUUUGUAAAAAGUUGGUGAUUAUAUCUAUAGACAAAAAGGGGGAUUUUAAGCAGAAUUUGUCAUGUCUGACAUGUUACUGAGUUAGAUAAUACUUUACCAACAGACAUUUGUUUUGCAGUUGAGGAUUGUGAGUCAUAUCACUCUCUGUAAUUUCUCCCCCUAUCCACUCCCAUACCUCAUGAAGUGCUCUUGUGUGAGAUCAUUGUCCUCUUGAGAGCUUUGUACUGUAGGAAGGACUGAGGAAGUUGGUGAUGGUUUGUGUCAGGUGUGCAUCGUGUAGCUGUGAAGAGUCCUCUCUGCUUUAUAUGAUGCAGAGCAAAUUUAGUUUUUGUUCUUGGGGAAUUCGAGUUAGAAGACAAAAUCAUUCUGAAAGGAUUUCAAUUUUGAGGUUUUCCCCAACAAAAUAUAUCUAUUUUAGUGUCAAAAACGUAAUGAUAAAGGUUGACCAAAUUAUAUUGAUAAAUAUCCACAACAUAUAUUGUUUCGUUACCUGUUCUUUUCCCAUUUUGUUUUUGAAAUUGUAUUGAAAAAUUAUGUUUAUUUUAUUUUGUCCUUUGUUUUGUCUUAGUUUUGCUUUAUUUUUGCACUGGAACUUUCGUAUCAUUUGUACAGCAUGUACUGUAUACCCAACCGGUGAAAUGAAUUAGUAACACUAAUUGAGGUGUUAUUAUGUAAAAAUACUGUUGAACAAUAAAAUACGUUGUAUACAA